UUUUCCAGUCAUUCCCUCUGUGUCUGGCCUUUGAACCUUGUGUUCCCUAUAUACAGGAAGGGUGGAGCUUCUAUAUUCUCCAGAACGUCCAUGAAGCUCCAGUCAGAGGGCGAGUCUGUCUCAUCCAAGCGUCUUCCAGGGCCCACCACGGCCCCGCGAUCCCAUAACCCUUGUGCGCCAACAGAACUCCACUGUAGCAGGAACUGAGACCUUCGGCAGUUCUAGUCUGGGUUACAAGGACAAGCAUGGCCGACAAACUGGGACUGGCAGGUGUGGCGGACGAGCCCAGCACCCUGAACAUCUUCACUUUGUUGGAGAGGGUGUCCGGGAUCAUUGACAAUGUCCAGGCGUGCCAGCAACGCAUGGAGGAGAGGCAGCUGGAGCUGGAGAACACCGUGAAGACCAUCCAGGCGGACGUGGUGAAGCUGACGAAGGAGCACACGGCCACAAGUAGCACCGUGGAGAAACUUCUAGAGAAGACGCGCAAGGUCAGCUGCCACGUCAAGGACGUCCGCGUGCGGGUGGAAAAGCAGAACAUACGCGUCAAGAAAGUGGAGGAAACCCAAGUCGAGCUGCUGAACAAAAACAAGUUCCGUGUCGUCAUCUACCAGGGAGAUAAUGAGGUCCCAGCUGUCGCUGCUCCUAAAGGAUCUCCGAAGGGAGCAACUGGCGGAGACGCUUCCGUAGACCCAGAUGCCCCAGAUGCCCCGCUUCCAGACUCGGAUGAGGAAUACAUGGUCGUUGAGGAGGCAGACUCAUCUACUGCUGCCAAACUAAAGAAGACCGGCCUGAAACGCAUCGAAAGCCUGAAGCAGACCUUCUCCCGUGAGAACAUGACUAAGACCAAAGAUAAUCUGGGCACCAAGGUCAACAAGCUGGGUGAGCGCAUAGUAACAGCUGAACGGCGUGAGAAAAUCCGCCAGUCCGGGGAACGGCUGAAACAGUCUGGCGAGCGAUUCAAGGAAACCAUCACGAAAACCGUGCCAGCAAAACUCAACCUGAAGAAGGAAAGGACGGUGGCUGAAGGUCAGGAGGGAGCAGAAGGGACCACAGAAGGAACGGCGCCCGUCCCACCACCGAAGGGCCGCAAGGCCAGCCCAGGUGUGGCCUACACGGAGCCAACGGAGAAACAAGAAGAUGAGGGCAAGGGUGAGGAAUCGGAAGUGCCGAUGUAUGAUAUGAAGCAGCUUUCUUAAGCGGCAAGCCUUGACAGUCACAUUUGGGAAAGACUAAUGUACAGAUAUGAAUUUGGUUAUGGAAAACUUGAAGGUAGAAGAUUGGGAAGAUCAGAGAUCUUGCUUCUUAGUGUGGAUAAGUGGAUGGUUCUUACGACAACUGAAUGAACGAAUUAAGGAAGUUGUAGGAUACAAACAAUACCCAGAGUUUUUUUUUUUUUUUUCUUCUUCUUCUUUGAUUUUCUUGUUUACAUCUACUAUGGACUAUGAAGGGUUAUGAAUGUUAAAUCAAUGUACUGAGAUGACUAGGCUAUGGUUUUUCAUUUAAAUUAAUAACAUUAUGGUGCACUCAGUGAUUUUUUUUUGUCUUUAUACCACCACCUACGGGAGUGGAUGAAGCAUUAUGAAAACACAAGGUAGAUUAUGAUAGAAGACCCAGUUCAUGUAGAUUUUUGUAAGAUGUCUCUAUUCAUUCUUUAUGGUUAAACAUUUUGAGGAUAAAUUACUGAGUGCACCUUUUAUGAAUUGACAUUAUUUGCUGAGUGUGUGUAAAAAUAUUUUUAAGAAAUUUCUUUAAAUAGCUGAAUUUAAAAAUAAUUCACAGAGAAGUGCAUUUUGAACUUCAGAUAUAUUCUGGUGUCAACUGACAUCCAGCAUGUCAACAGUGGGUGAGUUUAGAAUUAAAUUUUUCAAUUUAGAUGUUGUAGUGGUGUUUGAAAUAUAUCUGUGCAGACAAGUCAUUUAUAAACAUAAUUUUUCUGUGUAAACUCUGAAAAACAACUUUUGCAGUCUAACCUCCAUUCAGUUGUAGUAUUUUUAAAUAAAACAUAUUAACUCAA